AUGACUCCACGACUGCCCCCACAUAUGCAAGAGGAAGAAGCCCCUGCGACUUCAAAUCUCGUUGAUAUUGGCACAAUACUGACCAAUCCUGGAACCACAUUCGCGCAAUACACGGCUUCUGGAAAGGGCCUAGCAUCAUCCGCACGAGUGUUGCCCGAUGGAAGGAUCGUCGUUUCGCUCGACUUGAAGAAGAAACUACCAGAUUUCCCAAAGGAGCACGUCCAAGAGGUGCAAGAGUUUGCUAUCGACUCUAAAGAGUACAAAUGUUGUCCGCCAAUGAAUAUCGUGGUGAUGAUUGUCGGGAGUCGAGGUGAUGUCCAGCCAUAUGUCGCUCUUGGCAAGCUGCUGGCGAGCGAUGGUCAUCGUGUCCGCAUUGCGACACACGAAACAUUCCGGGAUUUUGUCUCUGAUGCCGGCCUUGAGUUCUUUAGUAUCGGUGGCGACCCACAGCAGCUGAUGAGCUACAUGGUCAAAAAUCCGGGGCUGAUACCAGGCAUCACGUCGUUGACCAAUGGCGACAUUGGCCGGAAACGCAAGAUGUUGAACGAGAUGAUCUCGGGCUGCUGGUUAUCUUGUCACUCGCCUUGUCAAACAACGGGCCGGACUUUCGCGGCGGACGCGCUUAUCUCCAACCCUCCAGCGUUUGCACAUGUCCACUGUGCCGAGGCGCUGGGGAUACCCCUCUUGAUGAGUUUCAGUGAAUCACGGUUUAUUUUCCUUCCUUGUCAUCAUCUUGAUGGAGUAAUAGCGAUGCCUUGGAGCCCGACCACAGACUUCUCGCACCCACUCGUCAAUAUCAGCGCCACGAAUGCCGAGAAGGGGCUAUCUAACUACCUUACUUAUGCACUGGCGGACAUUCUAACAUGGCAAGGUGUCGGUGAUCUCAUCAACAAUUUCCGAAAACAAUCUCUUGGGCUGGAAACACUUUCGCUUCGAUCAGGCCCCAGUUUGCUUGAUCGAGUAAAGAUUCCGUGGACAUACUGUAUGAGCCCUGCGCUGGUGCCAAAGCCAGAUGACUGGAAGAACCAUAUUGACGUUGUUGGUUUCUAUUUCCUGGAUCUUGCCACAACCUUCAGGCCGCCGCAUGACCUGGCUGCAUUUUUAGCUGCUGGAGACCCCCCAGUCUAUAUCGGAUUUGGCUCCGUCGUUGUCGACGAUCCGAAAGCGAUGACUAAAAUCAUAUUCGAAGCCACAAAACAGGCUGGCGUCCGCGCACUCGUCUCGGCUGGAUGGGGAGGAUUGGGCGAUGUCGAUAUUCCUUCACACAUCUUCAUCCUCGGAAACGUACCCCAUGAUUGGCUAUUCGAUGACGAGCGCGUCUCGGCGGUGGUGCACCACGGCGGCGCGGGAACUACUGCUAUUGGGCUCGCGAAAGGGCGACCAACGGUGGUCGUCCCGUUCUUUGGCGACCAGGCAUUCUGGGGCCAAAUGAUUCAUAAAUCCGGAGCAGGACCAGAACCAAUUCCGCACAAGGACUUGGGUAUCGACAAUCUCCGUGAUGCACUCAAAUUUGUAACCAGUCCCCAUGCCAGAGCGGCUGCGAAACAACUUGCUGAGAAAAUACGGUCUGAGGCAAGUGACGGCACCCGACGAGGGGUUGACAGCUUCUACCGACAUUUACCGCUCCUCAAUAUGCGCUGUGAUGUUGAUUCGCAGCGUCUGGCCGUUUGGUGGUCAACCGAACUUUGCUUGAAAUUAAGCGGCUUCGCGGCUCAGGUAUUAGCAGACGAGCGAAUGUUGGACAUGAACUCGCUCGAUCUGCACCGGGCAAAGGAAUACGAAACGCGAAAAGAAAUAUCGAAUCCCGUUACAGGCGGAGCGAGCGCGAUUUUCUGGACCGUGACGCAUUACUACGCAGGCAUUGCCCAGAUUUUCUACUCCCCCGUAAAAGGUGUAAUCAAGACAACAACAGCGAUUCCGCGCGGCGUGUUCAGCAUUGUCGCAUCGAUACACGAGGGCAUCUACAACAUGCCGCGACUGUACGGCUCCAAGGUCCGCAAAGCGGGUAAGGUCACUGAUUUUGCGAGUGGAAUCAAGGAAGGCGGGAAGGGUCUGUUUUAUGGGUAUUACGACGGGAUUACCGGACUGGUGCGCGAGCCAUACGAGGGAGGAAAGAAGGAGGGGUUCGCCGGGGCGAUCAAAGGCUCGCUUCGCAGCUUUGCAAACGCGACGAUUCGCCCUGCAGGAGGCAUCGCGGGAGCCAUCGCACAUCCCAUCAACGGAUUAUGGAAAAGCGUGCAACCGCCGGCGACAGUUAAACGAGAAAACAACCUGAGGGAAGUGCGAAUAUCGGAUGGAAUUGAUGCGGUGCGAAAAAGCACCCUUUCGGAGAAGAGGGAAAUUGUUCGAGUGUUUAACGAGUUGAAAGCAGAGAAAGCAAUUGCAGAGCGACAGAAGAAGUACACAGAGAUGGCCGAGGCCGUUCUACGGGAGGCGCAAGAGGAGGAGGCCCGACGAAGGUCAAACGAUAAACCUCAGGCUGGUGCUACCGUGGAGGAGGCUAACCGGUUGUCUUUGGACCAGGACGAUGACGAUCCCGAGUUUUCCCGCAACCUCGAGAGGGCCAAGCAACUCUCGCUCGUCGAGCAAUAA